ACAUCUUUUUAGCGAGCGAGCGAGCCAGCAAUAAGCAAACGAUUUUUGCGCAAAAACGGAGUUUAUCAAUAAAUCGUUGCGUGCGAUUGCGUUGGCCGUAGAAAACGCGUUUGUCUCCGCACAGAACCCACAAAUCCGCGGCUAUUACUGCCCAAAAAAUCGCGUUUCCGUGCUGCAAAAAGAAAAAGAACGUAAGCAACGAUAACAACAGGCAGCGAGCGAGUGAGAGAGAGAGAGUGAGCAGUGCGGAGUGUUGUGUGUGUGCGUGCUGCCAACUUGUCGCACCAAUUCGCUGCUGUGUAGUGUGUGUGUGUGUGGUUCUCCCAAUAAAAAAAAAAAUUUUAAACCUUUGCACAAUGCUAUACGAAUCCUAUCUGGAGUUCUAGGGCUACAGCACCGAUUUUUUGCUCAGCUAUAUAAAUAUAUUUCUGUCUAUUGGGACUUUUCAACAAGUUGCCAGCGCAGCGUGCAACGCGCGCACACACACACACACUAACACACGCGCGCGCUAAAACACACGCAAGAGAGAGUGAGAGCGAGCAACAACAACAACAAAAGCCUCUCAGUAGCAACGUUUUUAGUGAUGUCAUCAGAAAAAACGUCUUCAAGCUGGCCAAAUUGAAGCGGAAACGGUAGCCAAACUGAAGCACUUGUCGGAGAGCGUCUCGGUGCUGCUGAAGAUCGCCAGGAUCGCCAACAUGGACAACAGCAUCGUCGAGGAGAACGGCAACUCGUCGGCGGCAUCGGGCUCCAAUGACGUGGUCGACGUCGUUGCCCAACAGGCGGCAGCGGGCGGAGGAGGAGUUGGUGUAGGAGUAGGAGGAGGAGGAGGAGGAGGUGGUAACCCCCAGCAGCAGCAGCAGCAGCAGCAAAACCCACAGAGUACAACCGCCGGCGGUCCAACGGGGGCGACGAACAAUGCCCAGGGAGGAGGAGGAGGAGGAGCGGCCACCGUGCUGACCACCGCCGCCAACUGCAACCUUCAAUACCCCAUCCAGACGCUGGCGCAGCACGGACUGCAGGUGCAAUCCGUGAUACAGGCCAAUCCCUCGGGGGUCAUACAGACAGCAGCUGGAACCCAGCAGCAGCAACAGCAACAGGCGCUGGCCGCCGCCACAGCGAUGCACAAGGUCGUCUACGUGGCCAAGCCGCCCAACUCGACGGUUAUCCACACGACACCCGGCAAUGCAGUGCAAGUGCGUAACAAAAUCCCUCCAACCUUUCCGUGUAAGAUCAAACCCGAACCGACCACGCAGCAUCCGGAGGACAGCGACGAGAGUCUGUCGGACGACGAUUCCCAGCACCACCGCAGCGAACUGACGCGACGGCCGUCGUACAAUAAGAUCUUCACCGAGAUCAGCGGACCCGACAUAAGCGGCGCAUCGCUUCCCUUGUCCGACGGCGUGCUCAAUUCCCAGCUGGCGGGGAGUGGAGCGGGGGGCAAUGCGGCGAACAACUCCCUGAUGCAGUUGGAUCCCACGUACUACCUGACCAAUCGGAUGUCCUACAACACCAACAACAGCGGGAUAGCGGAGGAUCAGACCCGUAAACGCGAAAUCCGGCUGCAGAAGAACAGAGAGGCGGCGCGGGAGUGCCGGCGCAAGAAAAAGGAGUACAUCAAGUGCCUGGAGAAUCGAGUGGCGGUGCUAGAGAACCAAAACAAAGCGCUAAUCGAGGAGCUCAAGUCGCUCAAGGAGCUCUAUUGUCAAACCAAGAACGAUUGAAUGUGGGCGGGGCUCUGGCGCCGCCUGCGCCUCCGCCUCCAGUUACGGUUACGGUUACGGCUGCGUUGCGGUUCCGUUCUGGAUCUGGAUCUGGACAACGCCCGACAGCAGCGAUGGAUCGAUCCUCCCCGUUGGCCGGCCGCAUAUCAUGAUUUAUAUACGUAUAGUAUGCUAUAUGUGGUAGCGUGUACAUUAAAUGUAUGAAAUGUAUACUAUAUACUUUAUACUUUAUACUAUAUAUUGUAUAUUGUAUAUUGGAUGUGAGGGAUCGUGUUGUCGUUAGGACACAGACGGACGGACGGACGGACAGAUAAACCUGCUGCCGGAGCAGAACACACAAUGUAAUUAUGUUUAUAAUUUAAAGAUGUAAUAUUAUGUUUAUGAUUUAGUUUAUGCCUUAGUUUAUUUGCUAAUUUAACGAUACUGAAGUUUACCUACGAACAUGAUGUGUUUCUGUAUCCUAAGGCUUUUAGCCCUUCGGAUUCUAUACUUCCCUAUACCUAUACCUAUACCUCUACCUACCCUACCCUCCUUUUGUAAUUAAAACUUUUUUUGUUUUAACUAAUUCGUAAUUAUUGCAGAACGGACGUGCGUUGUCUAGCGAAAGUGUUUUUUUCUUAGCGAAUUGUUGUAAGCCAAUAUGUCAGGAUAUAGUCAACCAACCCAACCAACCCAACAAACCCAACCCAUUAAAUCAACCCCUCCCCCAACGGAUAUGCAGAUAGGAAAGAUAUAUAGUUAGGAAAGAGCGAAGGCGGCUGGCUGACCUAGGAAAAUGGUUUUCUGAGCCUCCCAAAUUAAAAUUGUUCAAAAAUCGCAAGAUUCACUUGGUUUAUGUAUGCUUGAAUGUACGUGUGUGCCGCCCAAAUGUAACUGUAAAACUAGGUUUUAAUCGCACAAUCCAUAUGGGAUUUGAACAUGGAAUUAUAAACUAUUCGAAACACUUUGUUGCAUAUUUUUAAACGAAUCGAAAGCGAAAGCGAUAGCUCCCCACUCUGUACGGUUUAUAUGUAAUUCUAUAUACUAUAUGCGUAGUUAGCGAACACAUUUUGUAUUUCGAGGAUCUUGUUUUGGAAUCGGAGAGAGAGAUAUAUAUAGGGUCGAAUCAUCGAAGAUGUAGGACUUUUGGCCGGAACACACGUAUAUCCACUGUAUAUGUAUAUGUAUAUGUAUAUGCAUUAUAAAUAUAUAAAGCAAACACUCUUGUUAUCUCUUGUGAUCAACUCAGUUGUUGUUAUGAAUGAUAUAGAAAACAGACGAAACAUACGAUAAAUUAUUGAUGAAUUCGGGAUCGGAAUCGAAAACGAAAACGGGGAGACAGAGACAGAGAACGAACUUUUUUAUCUAGCGUAGCGCAACGGAAACAAUGUCAAAAUGAAAACCGGAAACGGAAAUAAAACCAUAAGAAAACAUGUAUAUCUCUCUAUUUUUGAUGUCCGAAUCGAAACUUCUGAAAAGAGGAAAUAACAUAAAAAAAAAAAAACAGAGAAGCAGAAAAAAGGGAACGCGAAUUCAAAGAGCAGCUUUUUUUGGCCAAGUCAGAGGAGGGGAACGCAAGCAAAAAACAAAAACGGAAAUAAAACAAACAAAAGUUGCAUUCAACAAAGUAAAUAAAUAUUUUUAUUGUCAUUGCAUAAUUCUUAAGCUAGUAAUUUUAAUAUCUAAAUCGUAAGCGCGGAAAAACAAAGUAAAUGUAAACAAAUGAAUAAGCCACAGCCCGAAAAAAGGAAUUCAUAAAUCGAGAACAGAAACAGAAACUAAAACAAAGGUAAAAACAAAAAACAAACUGAAACGGAAACGGAAAGUAAAAAAGCAA